UGUACCCGCCAUCUUUGUGUUUAGGUUCGUGUCAGAACAAGCACACUUCUUGCCGUUCACCUUGAAGGGCUGCGACAAAACUUGACUAACUAACGCAGAACGAGAGAUGGCGUCUCGCUUCGCCCAAAUGUCACAGAGAGACAGCAGUGUGGCCAUGCUUCGCGUUAAGAUGUCACGACGGCGCUCCCAAGCUCAGAAGGAGAACCGCGACCGGGCUGUUAGUCGCCACCGAGGCCUGCACCUGCUGCCAGAGCUGGACGUGUUGGUGGCGGGGCCGCUAGAGGAAGCAGACAACGGGGCACCUCUGCCUGCCAAGGACAAAAAGCUUAGUGUGGCAGUUGAGGAGAGGAAGAAGAUGCUGGCUCGUUACAAGGAGGCCAAAGAGCUGCAGAAGGAGAAGGAGAGGAGGGCCCUGGAGAAGAAGGGCGGGGUCUUUAAGGUGGGCGUGUACAAACCUCAGCCCCUCGCCUCACUCCCGCAGGCACCAGCCAGGACCAAGGCGUCAUUGACUGCCGUCUCCAACAAGGUCACAUGGUCUGUGAAGCAGCAGCACCCACAGAAGCCCCUUGCACAGAAAGAGAAUGUUUCGGCGCACAGGAAAGCGGAGCCUGCAGUCAAGCCAGUAAAGCCUCGUGUGGCCCUGAAACCCCAGCCAGCGCCCCCUGCUGGUGGAUGCAGAACUGCGCCAGUUGAGAGGACGGCACGAGCUCAAGCAGCCAAAGCCGCCAAGAAACCCCAAACUGCCCCUGCCCCUGCCCCUGGCCAGGGGAAAACUGCACCAGGUACCAAGGGCAAAAGCGCAAAAAAAGAUGGCAAUGCAGAACCACUCUCGCAAGCAACUGAGAACAAGCCUGCAGCCGCUGAAGGAGGGACGGUGGAGGGAAGGGAGGUGGAGAUGCAGACAUGCACGCCUCUCAGCCCAGCGAGCCCUUCUGAAGGAGGAGAGGAACCGUUUCAGCGAGACGCCGUGGAGGACGAGAGGACCCCCUCCUCUUUUGCCCCCCAGGGGUUUGUGUUUGAACCCCCCGCUGGCCUCGGUUUGUUCCCGCCUGCCGCCACGGACACCCCGUCCAAUGAUGCUUUACUCACGCCCAGCCCCAGCCGGGAUGACGCACCCGCUGGGGUGGUCUCAGACCCUCCCGCUGCCCCCGAGCACUCGUGCCCCUCUCCCACCACCCUUCCCCCUCCUAAUCCUGCGGCCCCUCAGUCUCCCUCAAACUCCCAGGAGCCCCAGCACGACGUCCCGUAUUUCAGGGCAGUGAUGGCCAGCGAGGCGGGCAGACUGACGGGGCUGUGCGAGCAGUGGGACCCCCGCGUCGAGGAGCCCUCUAUUCCCGAGGAGAUCAGAGAGAGGGUGCGCACCGCUGUGGGACAGGCCCGGCUGCUGAUUAGGGAGCGUUUCGGCCAGUUCCAGGGCCUGGUGGACGACUGCGCCUUGGGCAGGGGGGAGAAGACCACCACCUGCACCGACCUGCAGGGCUUCUGGGACAUGGUGUUCUACCAGGUGGAGGAUGUGAACAGGAAGUUCAGUGUGCUGAAAGAGGCGGAGUCAAGGGGCUGGCAGGAGGAACACAAGCCCCUUCCCCGAAUCAAACGGACAGCAAAGAAGCCCCCCGUGGCGGCAGCAGGUAGCGCAGGAGGGGGAGGCGGGGCCAGUGCGGCCGCCAAGAGCCGCCUGGCCGCCGUGAAGGCCGCCAUGAGAGCCAAGCGAGAGGCGGAGGCCCAGCGCGCGGCGGAGAGCCCCGCAGGGGAGGCCCCGCCCCCGCCCCAGCCUCCGGCCGACGCCCAAACCGUGGUCUUCCACGGCGGCUUCUUCCAGGUGGAGAGUCCCGCCAAAGUGUCGGGUUCUAUGAGACGGACAUCCCUCCUCAGGACGGCCCCCUCCCCCUGUUCCUCCCCCUGCUCCCCCUCAAGAGUCGGCACACCCAGGAGAUGCCUGCACCCUGCUGCGUCCCGCCCGUCCCCUGCUCCCGGGGUCACCUACCACCUGUUUGGCAGUCUGUGUCUCACCCUCCGCCCCCAGCCCUCUCCCUGCUCCACAGCACCCCCUGCCUCUCCUCCUCCCACACGCACGCAGAACACAGAACGGGAGGAUUGUUCCGGAACUCCUGAUGCAGAUGCAAACCCCGCCCCCUGCCCCACAGACCCCACCCCCUGCCCUUUAAGCCCUGCUGCAAGCCCCACCCCCUGCCCUGCAGACCCCACCCCCUGCCCUGUAAGCCCUGCUGCAAACCCCACCCCUUGCCCUAUAAGCCUUGCUGCAAACCCCGCCCCCUGCCUUAUAAGCCCUGCUGCAAGCUCUGCAAGCCCCACCCCCUGCCCUGGUGCAAGCCCUCCCCCCUGCCCUAUGAGCCCUGCUGCAAGCCCUAUAAACUCCACCCCCUGCCCUGUAAGCCCUGCUGCAAGCUCUGCAAACCACGCCCCCUGCCUUAUAAGCCCUGCUGCAAGCUCUGCAAGCCCCACCCCCUGCCCUGGUGCAAGCCCUCCCCCCUGCCCUAUGAGCCCUGCUGCAAGCCCUAUGAACUCCACCCCCUGCCCUGUAAGCCCUGCUAUAAGCCCUGCAAACCACACCCCUUGCCUUGAAAGCUUCACUCCCUGCCCCGCAAGCCCCACCCCCUGCCCUAUAAGCCCUACUGCAAACCCUGUAAGCCCUGCAAACCACGCCCUCUGCCCUGUAAGUCCUGCUGCCUGCUCUGUAAAACCCGCCCCCUGCCUUGUAAAUCCCACCCACGCAUGUCAGUCAGAUCAUGAUUACGCUAGGUUAGACAGCCCUCCAAGACAGCUGGAGUCUGAAGCUCCCAGCCAGUCUGCACCCAGACCUCAGGAAGUCAACUGCCAAUCAGGGAUUGGAGGAGUGCACUUAGUGCCCCUCCUGACCCCGGAGAAUGUUUCUAGCCAAUCCAUGCUCGUUCUAGAGGUGACAGAUGCCGCAUGUGGCCAAUCGGAGCUUGUUGCAGAAGUGGGGGGUUCCCCUCCUGCCCUCUUGGUCGCACUUUCUCCAUCUCAGCAGGUGGAGGCAGUGGAGGACCUCUGCGAAUUCACUUCGCCCUGCCAAAGAUCAGCCUAUAGCCCAUCUCAGUGGCAGGGGUUAGAUUUCACCCUCUCCCCCUCUGCAUACCCCUACACCCCGACUCGAGGGCUGCUACUCAGCCCAGACGACUCCUCCCCCAUGGGCCAGUCCCCGCCUUUCACCCCGAGGCCCCUCCCACUAACCCUGGGCUCGGAGACGCCUGGUUGUGUCACCGACAGAAGCCCGCAAGCUGCCGCACGUGUGCAGAUGGGCCCAGCUGCGGAGACGUCCGACACGGCGGACGUCCCGGGUUUGGACUUUGACUCCUGCGUCCAGCCCGGCCUGAGGUGCGGCCCGUCGCCGCGAGCGACUGUCGCUAUGGUGACCGGGUCCUCCCCGGACUCGACCGCGGUGUCCGACGGCCAGAUGGAGAGUCCCGGAGGCGGGCGGGCAGACGAGCUGGCGGGGGGGGUGCGGGCGGACGCAGUAUGAAGAUACUAGCUGCUGGCCUUCCCUUCCUGUCCAGGAGGUGUGUGUGUCUAUUGGUGUGCAAGACCGCACAACGUUUAGUCUGCCGUUCUGCUGCUUUAGACAGACACAGGAACACAUCCCCUCCCUCAGAGUUUACUGAUGAAGGUGCUCGGGCACAUUACGCCCUUAUUUUCAGUUUAAUCAUUCUCACACUGACCCUGUAUGUCAUGCUUCAGACGUCCUUUAAACCUGCGCUGAUGUGGAAACAAGAUGGGAAGGGCAGUGGAAAUGCAAAAAAUAUUUUCCCAGAAUGCACAUUUAUUUUCUCAUCUGUUCAUCUCAAAUACAUUUAGCCAUUUAAUUAGCUCCCCAUUUAUUUAGUGUUUAAAAAAAAAAAAAAAAAUUUUAAAUGUCUGAAUAAAACAUUUUCACUUCUA